AUGAACUCCGCCGCCCCGCGCGAGCCAUCAAUGCCCCACCGGGCGCCACGCUGCUGGUCAUGCCGAUCCGCGGCCCACCGGGCGAUGCGGCGCGGGUCGCUGGUGGACGGGGCCAUAGACGUGCUAGCGCACAGGCUGACGACUUGUCGCGUGGCCAUGCCCGCGAGCGCCGUGGACGAUGCGGCGGCCGGGGAGACCGCCGGGGCGGCCGCCGUGGCAGGCAGCGCGGAGGCCCUGCAGGACCCGGAGCCCAUCGAGGUGGGUGCCAUUCCCCUCGGCUCUGCGGAGCCGUCCGGCGAGAACGGAACGACCUCGACAGCGGAUGGGGAAGGGAAUGACGCCGAGGAGGCAUCGAGCGCCGGCAGCGAUGAUGCGCCCAGCGCGUCGGGAGAGCCGGAGGGGAUCGACGCGGCGGACGCGCCGUACAAGAAGGGCGACAUCGUGGUUGGCCGGACGCUGUGGUGCAACGAGCGGGGGGCCAAGGUCGAGCUGCUGGAUCACGAGGGGCACCAGGGGUUUGUUUCACGACGGGAUUAUCCUUAUCGACUGCUUAAAUCGUCUGGCCAAUCCUUCCACCAGACACCCAAGUCUCUGCUGAUAGGAUAUAUCCGGGAAUAUCAGAUCAUAGAUGUUCCUGAUAGAAUAAUCCCCGGCAAGCGUGGACCGCUGCUGAGUGCAAGGGAACUGGACAGGAAGCUGAUGAUGGACCGGAUGCUGCAGAUCUACGAUGUCUGCCAAGAGGAUCGUGAGGUUUGGACGACCCAAGUGUUUUCUGUUAACAAAGGAGGCCUUAAGGUAUUGCUGGCUGGCAGGGCAUGUUUCAUACCCAAGAGCCACAUAGUGGACGAUGAGAUCAAGAACAUGUCACAGGAGGAGUUCUUGCAGAAAUACAGGGGCAAAGAACUUGAGGUUGCAGUCCUUCAGGUGGACCCAGUCGAGGACAGAGUGUUGCUGUCGAAUAGGCGUGCUGAGCAGUUCAGCAGUCUCAGGAAGUUGAGGCCUGGUGCCCUUGUGUGGGGAACUGUGAGGAGGGUUCUUGACUGGGGAGCAUUCAUCGGUGUCGAUGGAACACAGGAGAGUGCUCUGAUCCACAAGUCCAAUAUCUCUAAGGGCAGAUUCUCAAGAGUGUCGGAUGUCUUCGAAGUUGGCGACCGGGUUUGUGCGGUAAUCCUUGGGCUCGAGGAGGACUUCUCUCGCAUCUCUUGUAGCACAGCUGCACUGGAGCAGGAGCCUGGUGACAUGGUGAAAGACAGACAAUAUGUUUAUGAGCAUGCAGAGGAGCAGGUGGAGCGCAUUAGGGGAAUUCUCGCCGAAGAAGAGGAGAACAUGUACAGCGAAGUUGACGAUCAUGAAGAGUAUGCGGAAUAG